GGCUCCAGAUGAAGUUAUCACUGUGUCAAGGCGUGAUGCAAACCCCGCAGCAGGAAGCACACAAAGGGAGAGCCCACCAGGCUCUUGGGAAGUUUGGGUGAACUGUUUGUAAAAAUCUGCCGAGCCCACCCCUCCGAGACCUUUAUUUCCCCCUGCGGCAGCUGUCAUCUGAUCCCACGCUUCGGCUCUGAAUGGGGCUCUCGGAGGAUGCCAGAUGUUGGGAACAAAGGUCUAAAAAUAAUCUUUCCAAGUAAUCUUCCCGUCCAUCACUCAAGGAGAGCGUCAGCUUUGUGCGAGCAUGUGAGCCGAGAACCUGAUCUAACUUCAACAAGUUCAACAGCAGCUCCCGGCUUCUGCCUCUGGGCUCCUUUUUUUUUUUUUUUUUUUUUUUUUUUCUUUCUUUCUUUUUUUUUCAUUCCUUCCCCUUUCCCUUCCCAGAAGCUGCGCAGGGAAAAGCGGCUGGGAGCGCUCAGCCCUCGCUCUCUCUCCCUCCCUCCUUGCCAAGCCCGGAGCCGCCCGGACCCCGAGAGCUCCGGGGCUCCUUCUUCCAUCUCUCCCUGGGGAAAAAAAAAAAAAAAAAUGAGCUCCAGGCUGCUGCCAGAGAUGCGUUUCUGUCAAAAGAUCUUCGCUGCAGCCCUGUGUGUGCUGGUUGUGCUGCCGGAGCCGGGCUGUGCCAGGACUCUCUGGAAACGCGCUCUGCUGAAAAUGACGGAGAAAUACGAUGAUUAUGAGUACCCUCUUCAUUCUCACAGUUCCCAGUACCAGAAGAACGACCGGUGCCCGCCGCCGCCGCAGAGCCUGCCGGAGCGCGCCUGCGAGGUGCCCAGCUGCCGCUCCGACGCCGAGUGCCAGCGCCACAAGCGCUGCUGCUACAACGGCUGCAUCUACGCCUGCCUCGAGUCCGUGCAGCCCCCGCCAGUCUUGGACUGGCUGGUUCAGCCCAAACCCCGCUGGCUGGGAGGCAAUGGGUGGCUUUUGGAUGGCCCUGAGGAAGUCUUACAAGCCGAGGCCUGCAGCACCACGGAGGACGGGGACGAGCCCCUGCACUGCCCCACGGGCUACGAGUGCCACAUCAUCAACCCGGGCAACACGGCCGAGGGCAUCCCCAACAGGGGCCAGUGCAUCAAGCUGAGGGGAAACCCAGAUGGACACAACCUGAGGCAUAAGUACUACAAAGAAUAUUUUGGGAGCAACUCCAACAAUUUGGUCGGCUAUGUGAAAAACCAGCAGAAGCAUUUAGGCUAAUUGAAGGUGUGCCUGGCUGGACCACUCUGUCAAGGAAUGCUUUACCCAGCAGCUUUCUGGUCCCAGAUCUCCACAGCUCCAGCACCCCCUGAUCCCUAACCAUCACUGACAAAAAAAUUCAUUAUCCAAGGAACAGGAUGAGUCCAGAUGCAUGAUCCAAGGAACAGGAUGAGUCCAGAUUCAUUACCCAAGGAACCAGAUGAGUCCAGAUUCAUUAUCCAAGGAACAGGAUGAGUCCAGAUUCAUUACCCAAGGAACCAGAUGAGUCCAGAUUUUAACCCCACCAGGAAGGGGAGAAAUGUGAUCCCCUGAAGGAAACCAUACUGCUUAUCAGCUGCCCUUCUACAAAUGAAAUGCAAACACCUCCAGGGAUCCCUGUAAGCCACAGUGCCACGACCAGGCUGCUGACACAGAGCCUGCCCUUCAGGUGCUUGUUGUGUGACCAAUUCAGAUUUCAGGCCUGUGAACACAACCCAGUGACGUCAGAAUUCCACCUAAAUAUCAUAUCUAAGUUGCUUUAAAACAGGUGAGACUAAAGAGGUUCUCUGGGUCAAAUCCAGUGCCUGCCUGUCUUGAACAAGCCCUUUAAAGAAGCCUUUUCAUCAGCUUAAAAAUCAAAGAAAUCUGCAAAUUUCUUCUUUUCCUAUUUAUACCCAGAUAAAAAAAACAGGCUUGACCCCCACUCUAAAUGGCUAAACCUGAAGUCCUUAAAAUUUGAGGAAGUUUGAGCUAGGAGCAAAAACAGCUUUAUAAAUGUUUUUAGGUUACUUUCCUCUUCUCAGUCUGGUGAGCUGCAGAUUGAGGGUUAAUAAUGGAACAGAUUCCUUCCUGCAAUAUCCAGGCUGACACACAAAUGAAUGCCAGGUUUUGUAAUGUGCUGUUUUUAGCCAGCACAGUUAAUACUCACAAAAUCUGUGGGUUUGUACCUGCAAAACCUCAGCAAGAGGCCUGAAGUCUGGAUAAUAUGUUAAAUGUGUUAGAAAAUCAAACCCAGGGUAAAUUUUUGUGAUGAAAAGGAUGGUCUGGCAGAUGGACUACUGCUCCUCAGGAGUCCUGUACCUUUGUGUUGAUUUCCCUAAAUCCUUAAAGCCUGGAUAUUUGUAUUUGGACCUCACAGCAGCUUUGAGCUGUUUACCAUUAUACAAUGGAAAACACAUUUUCUAUUAAGAUGUGGCAGUCCUGAAGGGACAGUUGCAUUUUUUGUGACAAACCAGCCAGAACUGUCUGGCAGAAAAGCCACAUUUGCUCCAUGGUUUAGUCCACGUCGCCAUCUGCAUGCAUGAAAUUAGCAUUUUGAUUUUCACAGUAGUAGCACUGCAUAGAAAUACCCAAUUCACAAAUGCGAGCGCCUGCUUCCACUCACAAAAUACAGGAUUCUUUUUUUCCAUUCACUAAAUGGUUUAAGCCAAAUCCAAGACACCUAUAAAACUCCUGAUACUUUGCACAUGACAUUUGCAGCUGGAGAGAUGGAAGGUGCCAAACUGCUCUUCUGUUUCCUAUUCUAAACACACUCCUGGGUGCUUUACAGAGCAAUGGAACAGCUGAAGGGCUCCACAUGUUCCUAAAUAUCUUCAUUUGUUCUACUCACUUUUUUUUCCAAAGUGCAAGAUAUUAAAUGCAGCACCAUGUUUGGACAGAGCUGUUUCUAGAAUUUUAUCCAAUACAGCUUCCUGCAGUGAGAUCUUAAUUCCUCCUUGGACACAGGAGCCACAGAACCAGAGAAUUGUGGUUUGGGUUGGAAGGGAGUUUGAAGCUCAUCACCUUCCGCUAGAGCAGGUUGUCCAGGCUCCAAUCCAUAUUUUAUAGUUCCAAUCAGACCACAAACUUGUCACUUAUCCUACUGCAGCCUCGCUCCUCAGUGCUGCUCAGUGAAAUGGAUUGAUUUUGUUCAGCAUUACUUCCUGCAGAAAAAAAGAUUAAAUUCUGAUUAAAUGAGCAAAGCCCUUCAGUGAUCACUGCUGGCCCCACAGCGUAGAUGUCAAAAUGUUCUGUUUUAAACUAAAAAAUACCUAAAACCUUGUGAGUAGUUAGUUGAAAAACUAAUGCUGAGCAUUCACAAAUUUGAAAGAUUAAAACUUCAAAUCUCAACCUAAUCUCUCAAAGCAGCCCAAAAUAUGCUUAAUUUGAGUGGACACAUUCACUUCAGUGUCUGUUUUCUCUGUAGCUGCAGAACCACAUACCUGACCACCUGGGUGGGACAGUACAGAUAUUUUCUGCUUGCAAAAGGAAUUAAAUAAAUUUAAAAAAAAAAAAAGAUAGAAAGAAAAUUGACAAAU